CCAGCCUCAUGACGUGUAAACACCAUAGGAACCAGUGGGACUUCUGCAAGGGGUCUGUGGCUGGUGAUGAACCGCUUCCUUCCCCUUUGCCGGGCGAUAGCCCAGCACUAGUUGAGCUUAGCUGAGCUGAGCUGAGCCGAGCUGAGGUGAGCCAAGCCGAGCCGUUGGGAAGGGGCUGUGGGACUCAUGAUGGCUCCAGUGACACAGGCGCUGCUGCUUGCCUGCCUGAUGCUGCUCUUGCUCCGGCGAGCCCCGGGUGUGGGUGCCCAGGUGGAUCCAGGCUUCCAGCUGCGACAGCCCCAGGACAAGGUGUCAGUGGCAGCCGGGGAGACGCUCACCCUGAACUGCACCAUAUCUGGAGUCAGUCCCCCUGGCCCCGUGAAGUGGCUGAAGGGCUGGGGCAGCAGGAACAUGACUGUUUAUGACCUGGUGGGCUCCUUCCCCCGUGUGACAAGGGCAGUGGAUGGGUCCGACACAGACUUCACCAUCCACAUCAGGGAUGUUCAGCCCGAGGACUCCGGCACCUAUUACUGCGUGAAGUUCAGUAAAUCGCUGAGCGGUGAUGGGGUCCUUCAGCGUGGAAGUGGCACAGAGGUGUCCGUGCAGGCCAAACCCAGCGCCCCAGCUGUGUCCGGGCCCGACCGCAGAGCGGGGCCGGGGCAGUCGCUGCCUUUCACCUGCACGUCUGGAGGGUUCUUCCCCGAAGACAUCAGCGUGAAAUGGCUCAAGGACAAGGCCCUGAUCACGUCUCAGCCACCCCAGAUCAACCCUGGGCAGAUGAAAUUCUCCUUCGAUAUGUCCAGCACCGUGACGGUGACGCUGCAGGAGGGCGACAUCCGCUCGCAACUCAUCUGCAGAGUGCAGCACCCCACACUGGAGGACCCGUUGGAUGGGACCUACCCGCUCAGCAGAGCCCUGCGAGUGUCCCCCAGAGUCCAGGUGGUCAUGGACCCAUCAAGCCCCGUUAAGGUGAACCAGACCGUGAACUUCACCUGCCAUGUGAAGAGGUUUUACCCAGGAGACGUGACCGUCACCUGGCUGGAGAACGGGACGGAGCUGAAGGUUCAGAACGUCUCCCGGGCGAUGGAGACCCCCCAGGGCUUGUUUGAGCUGAGGAGCCUGUUGGAGGUCCAGGCGACGGAGGAGAAGAACGGGUCUGUGUUCACCUGCCGUGUGGUGCACGAUGCCCAGGACCCCGUCACCAGUAUGGCCACCCUGCAGAUUGUCCCGCUGUCCAAGGAGGGACAGGGGGACUGGUCCCAAACAGAUAACGGUGUGAACCUUCUGGCCAGCCCCGUCCUGUGGCUUGGCAUCCUGCUGGAGAAGGGGCUCCUCGGCGGCCUCCUCAUCUUCCUCUUCAAGCGCGGGAGGGCAUGAGAGAGAAACGCUGGGGCUGCCGCCCCGUUCUGCUCCUUGUCCGCCCGAACCUUUGUCUUGUGUACCUGGAAAUAAACGGGCCGGUGUGCA